GCGAGGUUUUUUGAAAGGCCGACUCCUCCUCCUCCUCCUUCCCCAUCACACAACCGAAGCCGCCGCGCCGCGCCGCGCCGCGAUAUACCCCGCGGGCACCAGCGCAGGACGAGCUGCCUAGGGUUUCGGGUCGCUCCCCUCUCCCGUCGCUUCGCGCCAUCUUCCGGUUCCCCCUCCCACCGAUCUGGGUUGCUGCGGCGGCUGCGGCGGCGGCCGGGGCUUCGUGGAGGCGGUGGCGGGGGCGUUGAUGAGGGGGUAGAUCAAUGGGCGCGAUGCCGGCGGUGAAGGUUGAGGGGGAGCAGGAUGGAUCAGCGGGGGAGAGUAAGAGGGAUCUGGUGGCGUUGAGCCCUUCGGUUUCGGAGGGGAGCGGGCACGCUCUGGCGUCACCCACGGCGUCCACCCCGGGGGAUUCCAUCUUCGGUAGCAGGCGAAAAAGUGGUCCUGUAAGGAGAGCUAAAGGUGGUUGGACACCAGAAGAGGAUGAAAAACUGCGGAAGGCUGUUGGUAUUUAUAAUGCGAAAAACUGGAAGAAGAUAGCCGAAUCUUUCUCUGAUAGGACAGAAGUACAAUGUCUGCACAGAUGGCAAAAAGUUCUUGAUCCUGAACUUAUAAAAGGUCCUUGGACCCCAGAGGAGGAUGAUAUCAUUAUCGAUAUGGUAAAGAAGCAUGGACCAAAAAAAUGGUCUGUUAUAGCAAAGUCACUAAAUGGCCGGAUUGGUAAACAAUGCCGAGAGAGGUGGCAUAAUCAUUUGGACCCACAAAUAAAGAAAGAAGCCUGGACUUUUCAAGAGGAGUGUGUGCUUGCCCGUGCUCAUUGCAUGUAUGGGAAUAAAUGGGCAGAAAUUGCUAAACUUCUUCCUGGAAGGACAGAUAACUCUAUAAAAAACCAUUGGAAUAGUUCAUUAAGAAAAAGGCUAGAUGACAACAAUACCACAGACAUUCUGCAAGUUCAACUGCCAGUUGUUGGUGAUGAUUUGGAAAAACUGCCACCUGCUGACAACCAUAUUGACUUGAACAAGGAGCCAACUACAUGUUCAAUAGACCGCUUAGGAGUUGUUGAUAAUUCUCACCCUACUUCUCAUCAGCGGGCAUCCAAUUUGAAAGACUUUAAGGGCUGUGCAGAUUAUCUUUCUCUAGGUCAGCCAGUAACUUCAUGUGAGCCAUCAAUAGCUGAUGAUUCUGCUUUUGAUUUAGCAACCCACACGAUGAAAACGGAUUCUGUUCAUGACAAUGGCACUGGGAACAAUUUUGUUUGUGGGGAGGUUCAGGGAAUCAAUUUUCUCAAUGACAAGGGAUUUCAAAUUAAUCAGAUAUCAGACAGAGUAGGCUGCUCAAGAUCAUCUAAGGGGGGAGGCGAAGCAGCCAUUAAUAGAAGUGAAUCAUCCUUGCAGAGCGAAGCUCACUCCGUUGGUUCUCUUUGUUAUCAGAUACCUAAGAUAGGAGACAUUGUUCCUGCUCAACCCCCAGUGUUUUCAGCACAUUAUGUACCAGAGCACUCUAGCAAUGAAAUGCACUCACCCAAAGGCUAUAAUACUCCAUCGCCUGCUCAUGGAAAAGGAUCAGAUCAGCUUAGCGUUGAAUCCAUAUUGAGGAGUGCUGCUGAAAAUUUCCGUGAUACUCCUUCAAUACUAAGAAGAAGAAAAAGAGAUAAACCAACGCCUGCUCAAGAUAAUGAUAUGAAGAUUGGCAGAUUGAGCAGUGAUAAGUUUCACACACCCACCGGAAAGUGUACUACAGAUAGUCCACACUCAUUUAAAACUGCGGCACUUUUGUCCUUGCGUCCUCUGGAUGACCAAGGGCUUUCUUCUGCUUCAGGGAGUUUCGAUGUUUCCCCUACAUAUCGACUAAGGUCAAAAAGAUUGGCUGUACUGAAAACGGUUAAAAACCAUCUGGAUUUUUCAUCUGAUGGAAUGGAUGUUUGUGAUACUACUAUGAAAUCUGCUUGCGGGAGCUCUGAAAGUGCUAAUGCCAGCAGUGGUGUUUCAGUCAUUCAAGGGAAGAAAUUGGACGAUCAUAUGAUUGGAUUGGAAACUUUAACCAUGGACUUUGCACAUACAACAAAGAUAGAUGCAACCCAACCUAAUUCUUUAGCAUUCAGAAACAACCACUGACAAUGCGCUGAAGUGGACGAGAAGAUCUUGAUGCGUCUAAACUUACUGUUUCUAAAGGCAAAUAGGAAGCUGUGACUGCAGGAGAGUCACCGUCUACCAACCCUGCCAACUAUAGGGUUUUUUACCAUCCUUAAAAUGUAUCUUAAAAAGUAGUUCAAGAUAUCAAGAAUUUUAGUAUAAAUUUUUGGUAUCUCAAAAUACCUUAAGUUAUUUUUUUGAGAAUGGUAAAAAAGCUCGCCAGCUAUACUUGGUGGGUUGUACAAAGCCAUCUCCGUUUUCGACAGGAAAUAGCUUGCUACUGGAAGCUUACAGUUAGCAAUUCAAUUUUUAAAGGCUCAACUGUGUAGAAAGAACAACAAUAGCUAUAGAAACUUCUUAAAGCUCUUUUUUUUUAAUCUGUAGAAACAUUAAAAAGUUGAUCAAGAUUUUAUACUGUAUUUUUUUUCUUUUUAUCAUUGGAUGGAGUGG